CUAAAAUGUUAUCAACGGAAGAAGCUCCUCCAAUAACUAAAAAAUUAAUUAAAUUAAAGAGGAAAGAAAAUGUCUCGAUAAGUUGUACAAAAUACACCCACAAACAAGAAGACGACAUCGAAUAUGUUCGAAUUAAUCAAUCUUUCUCCGACACCACGCAACAACGCGCUCAUCCAUCUCCCUCAUCUCUUCUCAAAUUCCUCUAUUUUUCACUUCCGCCAUCACCGAAUCUUGGCAGUUAAAUUGUCCUGCUGCGGAUUCAGCUAUGGCGACGAGAAUGGAGCUGUCCUAUUUGGGUCACGAUCUCUUAAGAGCUUCAAGAAAAAGAGGGGUAGCGAUUUUAGGACCCUCUUGAGAGCAAGUCGCAGAGAAUCCCCGUACGAGGUUUUGGGCGUUCCCCAAUCUGCAACUGCUGAUGAAAUCAAAAGGGCAUACCGGAAACUAGCUUUGAAGUAUCACCCUGACGUUAAUAAAGAGCAUGCUUACAAUACUUUGCUGAAUCCUGAAUCUCGGAGCAAAUAUAACACUGGGGAUCGAACAUCAGAUUUCUCCUACUCCAAUGGACGAAACAAAAAUGCCCAAGAAGAAGAAUUUUAUGGAUUGGGUGAAUUUGUAACGGAUGUUCAAAUAGCGAUAGGUAGAAAAAGUUGUACUCUUUUCCACACUUCUGGCAUUGGUGACUUUUUUAGAGAUCUUCAAGAAGAAUUUCGAAAUUGGGAAGCAAGUGCCUCUUCACAGGAGAAGCCAAAGAGUCUAUGGGAGGAACUUGCGGAAAUUGGGGAAGAAUUUGUGGAGUACUUAGAAAAGGAGCUCAACAUAAUGGAUUCAGUGACUGAGCCAAAUGAGGAGGCUGGUGAAGAAAAUACUUUCACGAGCUUCUCGGAAGAGAAAACAGAAAGCCCAGCUGGAAAAAGUAGCAGUCUUGAGGAGAACAUUGACGAAAUAGAAGCUACGCUUGCAAAGUUGAAGAAGGAAUUAGGUAUUUAGUUCAAUAGUUGGGCAAUCUGUAAUUUUUUUGCUAUUUUCAACUGAUCCUUUGUUCAUCGUUUUCUAUUUUCUUGUAAUAGCAAUUUCAGGGUCCAGGGUUUUGAUUUUCUGACCUUAUUUUUAUUUGUAAAAGCUACCAGCAUACUACAUACAUAUUAAUAUUUAAUUUCGAUUAUUGACAAAAUGCUAAUUUUUUUAAGGACGAAAUUGAAA